AUGCCUACAUGUCCACAGAGUGUUUUCAUUUUCACUAUAACAAGAGAAAAAUACAAGUACAAAAAUAACACCGCUCAAGAGUUCUCUCUUGCAAAUUUGAACAGAGAAGGAGAAGGAGAAGGCAAAGAGAAAGUCAAGGGACACGGAAAAGGCAUAGGCAUUCAUAAGAAAGGGUGGCAGAACAAAUGGACAUGA